AUGACCAAAAACAAUUUUGUGAUGAAAUUCUCAACAAUGUUGACUGCAUUCACCCUCACCGUUCUCAUGGUGGUUUCUUCCAUUCAUUGCCAAACAAAUGAUGUCACCCAUGGCACCUUUCCAGAGAACGAUACCUCAAACACACUUUGCUUCAAUCCAUGCACUGUUAAACUUGGAGACAAAGAGUGCAAAACGAUUUGUUUGAAUAAGUCAUACAAAGAUGGUUCUUGUACUGGUUUUGGAAUCCCCCCUACUUUCAAGUAUUGUUGUUGUACAAAAUGA